AUGCCGAAAAUGGCGAUAAAAUCACAGAAAUUAUCGAAGUUGACAUCCAUUGAUGUGAAGAAUAAAACCCAUGCACGUCGCUCAAGAACAGCCGAAAAUAUUGCUGUUGCAGCCGAAAGUGUUGAAGAAAACCCAGAUUUGGGUCUUAAGGCUUAUAAAGUCCAGUUAAUACAAGAACUCAAGCCGGCCGAUCAUCAACAACGUCGUGUCUUUGCUUAUUGGGUCGUUGAAAUGCAUGAAAAUGAUCUGGAAUUCCAUCGAAAAAUCAUCUUGACUGAUGAGGCCCAUUUCCACCUCGGUGGUUUUGUCAAAAAGAUCUGGGGCUCAGAAAAUCCAAGAGUUAUUGUUGAAAAGCCUCUCUAUCCUCAACGUGUGACCGUUUGGUGCGGUUUAUGAUCCGGCGGAGUCAUUGGUCCUUACUUUCGCGAAAAUGAAGCUGGAGCAACAGUUAAGGUGAAUGGAUUGCGCUAUCGUGAGAUGAUUAACGAUUUUUUAAGGCCGGAAUUGGAUGGUAUUGAUCUGGACAACGUUUAUUUUCAACAAAACGGCGCUACGCGCCACACAAGCAACGAAACUAUUGGUCUUUUACGGGAAUAACACCUCUUAUUGGAAAACCCUUAAAUAAAAAAAACUGGAUUGUUGCUCGUAAACAAAAA